CAGAGACUGGAUGCGCCGCUGAGUCCUUGGAGAGGAGAGGCAGGGACUCACUGCAACAGGUGCACACAGAGAAUCUUCCCCAAAAAGGCUGCAGCGGAGAUAACACUUUAAAUGCCGAUUUGAAGCUCUUCUGGCCCAUCACCGCGCGCACAAAUCCAGGAUGCCGGUUCUCACGAGCCCAGAUAUUGCCAACAAGUUUAAAGAGAAAUGGCUGGCGGUUUACCCGGACGACCAGGUCACCGGGUCCGACUCUGCCCCCCUGGACGACAGCCUCACCAGCCUCCACUGGCUCCAGAAUUUCUCCAUCCUCAACGCGGACCCGGAGCGACCCAACGGCGCCGGACCGGGCUGCCCGUCCACCCAGCAGCACCUGUUUCUCAAGCGGCUCGGCUUCCCCAGAGGCGGCACUGACUCUCCGUCCAGCCCGCCGGCCGGGGACACCGCCGCCACCGGGAUGCCUCUAUAUCUCGGGAGCCCCGUUACCUCCGGCAGCGACUCGCCGCGGUUCCCCAAUUGCGCACAUCCGGGGACCGGCUACCCACAGAUCCCCAUCCAGGCCAGCCCGCCUGUGGAGGUCGACUACAAAACCAACCCUAAAGUCAAACCGCCCUAUUCCUACGCUUCACUCAUCUGCAUGGCCAUGCAGGCCAGCAAACAACCCAAAGUGACUCUGUCCACCAUCUAUAACUGGAUAACUGAGAAUUUCUGCUACUACAGACACGCGGAGCCCAGCUGGCAGAACUCGAUUCGUCACAACCUGUCCCUCAACAAGUGUUUCAAGAAGGUCCCCAGGCAGAAAGACGAGCCGGGGAAGGGAGGCUUCUGGCAGAUCGAUCCGCAGUACGCAGAUAUGUUCGUCAACGGCAUCUUCAAACGCAGGAGGAUGUCUGCGAACAGCUACAACAACAGCAGCAGCACCCACAGACAGAGCAAACUGGUUCAGGGUUAUCACAGCGCCCAGAACGGCUGCCCUUACCAAGGGGUGGGCGGCAAGCGGAAGCACCUGACCUCCAAGAGCAACAGCAAGGCGAUGAGAGCCACCGAGUCCCCGCUUUUAGCGACAGAGGCCCACAAAGCAGACAUCCUGAGGGGGGACUUUGACCUGGCGUCCGUGUUCGACGACGUUCUCAGCGGGAACUGUAGCACCUUCGAGGAUUUGGACAUCAACACGGCGCUGAGCUCCCUCGGCUGCGAGAUGGAUGUUUCCAUGCAGGGGAGGCAGCACUCGGCGGGGCUGGGGAGGUGGUGCGGCGGAGGGGACGUCCUGGGUCAGAGCCAGCACCUGAACCACCACCAGUCCUACGCUUUCAUGGAGCUGGGCGCCGCUAAUAUGGAUUGCACGGUCAAUAUGGGAGAGCUCCACGUUCAGCAGCAGCAUCCGCAGCAGCAGCAGCUGGACCAGGAUCAGCUGCUGCAGAGCCACCACCACCACUUGCAGCAGUUCGACGAGCACUCGGCGCUGUUCCCGGAGCAGCCGGAGGAGGCGGUGCUGCAGCCCUGGGAGGAGAUCAAAGAGGAGGCGCAGGCCAUUCCUCUGACUCUGGAUCAGGGCUUCGGCCUGUGUGAGGGCUUCUUCACAGAGAUGCAGCCGUGGGAACGAGUAGAGGCCUAUCUGUGACCUUUAACCCCAAACCUCAUUGACUCCUAUUUGUCUACAUUAUAGUUGCUCAAAGUGCGGCCCUCGGACCAAUGGCGGCCCUCUGAAACAUUUUGUGCGGCCCUCAGAACAUGACAUGAAAUGCAUGCAUUAUAUUUUAAUCGUCCAAUGUCUAUUAGAUUUAAUACAACUUAAUACUCGGCUACUGCGUCAAACUGCGCCCCCUAAAAAAAACUGUCAAGUCAAAAAAUGACUACUUCGGUAAGCAACUCAUGACGUUUCCCUUUUAAGUCCUCAAUCAUAGGCUGGCUCCCUAAACUGGCACUCUAUCAAAAAAACUUUAGGCACCCCUGAUCUACACCCAAUGACCUGAACAUGUCUGAAUACUGGUCCAACCCUUAAAGAUUACAAUUGUUAGAACUAGGGUUGCUUGUAUUUGGCAAAAAUCAGAACCACAAUUCCCGUUCUAUCUUGAUCAUUUCAUUUUCAUUAUGGUGAAAAUAAAACUUUAUUGCCCAGCCAUAGAAAGAACUGCAGCCCAGCUACUCCCUCCAAUCAUUACAACAAACUGCAACCUUUAUUUAUUUGUUAUUUCUAACACUUACGUCCUUUUGUCAAACUACAAACAUGAUAAUGUCACACCAAUCUCGAACCCAGGUAACAAAGAUUCCCUUCACAAAAGAAACUGAUCUGACUAUAGAGUUUGUUGGGCAACAUGAUUAAGGAUUAUUUCCUGGCAUUGACUCCCAUUUCUUCUCGAGGGUGUCAGCUGAUUGACAGCAGUCCGUAACAUGACACAACGCCGAUAUAUCGGGCACAAUGAAAUGACAAUACAACAGAGUUAUAAACCAAAUUAAAGUUGCAUGUGGAUUGAGGAUUACCGCACUCUGCAGAAUGAAUGGCGGACCGGACAAUGACGAGCCUGCAUGCAGACAACAGGACAAACGUUUCCUUGAAGUUUCUGGAACUAUAAGAAAUGUCAGGCAGCUGGGGAUAAAAAGGUGCAAAGUGAGUGCAGAACUUUUUGUCGCUCUAAGUGUUUUUAUGAGACAAAAGAAGAAAGUGAAGAAAACCCAACCACCCUCUUUCAAAGCACUCUACAAACAAGCACUGUCACUACAGGACUGAGGCUACAUGCAGGAUUCUAUUUUGCUACAUUAGCAUUAAACUUUUUCCUUUUUUUUUUUUUUUUACUAACAUGCAGCGAAAUCAGCCAUUCAUCAAGUUAUCAGAGCAGGAUUUUAAAAUUCAUAGUCUGAGAUUAGAAAUCAGUCAUUUAUGACUUUGUUAUAUAGUAGAUUGAAUAUAUAUAUAUAUAUA